AUGUUUACCGCAAUUCGCUUCUCGUCCUGUGUGGGAAUGCGCACUGUACGAUGGAACUCAACAAGCAGCUCCGUUCCUCCGUUGAUGGCCAAGCUUCGUUCAGACCUCAAAGACGCAAUGAGAGCAAAGGAUACACCAAGGCUCAAUGUCCUACGAGCCCUCAUUUCCGAGACCAACAACGCCGCCAAAACCGCAUCUCCAAUUGCAACAGAUCUCCAGCUUUUGUCUUUGAUCAAAAAGAAGAUUGCUGCCUCCAAAGACGCCGCUGAACAAUUUCUGAACGCCAAUAGGUCAGAUCUCAAGGAGAAGGAAGAUGCUCAAAUCACCAUCUUUGAAGAAUACGCCGGCCAGGUUCAAACAAUGACAGCAGAAGACAUCAAAGCUGCCGUCACAAGCACGAUUUCUCAAUUGGGGACCGACGCUAAGCUCAAUGUCGGGGUUGUCCUCAAGAAUAUAUUCGCUCCAGGUGGGGCUUUGGAUGGAAAACCAGCCGAAAAAUCGGAGGUUGCUCAGAUUGUCAAGGAGCUCCUCUCCAAGAAUUAG